AUGCAGGCGCGCUACUCCGUGCCCGACCCCAGCGCGCUGGGCGUGGUGCCCUACCUGGGCGAGCAGGGCUACUACCGCGCGGCGGGCGGCUACGGCGGCGUGGGCGGCCCGGUGGGCGCGUACCCCGAUGGGUACGGCGCGGGCCGCCCCUACGCGCCCUUCCACGCGCACCCGCCCGCCGCGCCCAAGGACCUGGUGAAGCCGCCCUACAGCUACAUCGCGCUCAUCACCAUGGCCAUCCAGAGCGCGCCCGACAAGAAGGUCACGCUGAACGGCAUCUACCAGUUCAUCAUGGAGCGCUUCCCCUUCUACCGCGACAACAAGCAGGGCUGGCAGAACAGCAUCCGCCACAACCUGUCGCUCAACGAGUGCUUCGUCAAGGUGCCGCGCGACGACAAGAAGCCCGGCAAGGGCAGCUUCUGGACGCUCGACCCGGACUCCUACAACAUGUUCGAGAACGGCAGCUUCCUGCGGCGCCGGCGCCGCUUCAAGAAGAAGGACGUGCCCCGGGAGAAGCCGGAGCGCGCGCGCGCGCGGGAGCCGCCGGCCGACGCGCCCCCGGAGGCCGGCGAGCCGGCGGCGGUCAAGAGCGAGGCGGCGUCGCCCGCGCCGCCCGUCGCCGCCCAGGCCGAGGCGCUGAGCCCCGACGGCGCGCGCAGCGCCGCGUCCACGCCCGCCGCCUCGCCCGCCGAGCGGCCGCCGGCCUUCGGCGCGGACCACCUGGUGCCGGCGCGCGCGUCGCCGCUGGCGCUGCCCUACGCCGCCGCGCCGCCCGCCUACGGGCCGCCGUGCGCGCAGGGCCCCGAGCCCGCCGCCUACCAGUGCAGCGUGCGCGCGCUCAGCCUCUACGCGGGCGCCGAGCGGCCCGCGCACAUGUGCCUGGCGCCCGCCGCGCUCGACGACGCGCCCGCGGACCCCGCCGGCGGCCCCGCGUCGCCGCUGAGCGCGCUGGGCCUCGCGGCGGGCCAGGACGCCGCGCCCCACGGCCGCCGCGCCGCGCCCGCGCCGCCGCCGCCGCCCGCGCCCGGCCCGCCGCCGCCCGCGCCCGCGGCCUCCUGGUACCUCGAGCCCGGGCCCGAGCUGGCCGCGCUGCCCGGCCACGCGUUCGGCGCGCAGCGGCAGACGUUCCCCGGCGUGCGGGAGAUGUUCGGCGCCCACCGGCUCGGCGUGGACGCCCCGAGCCUGGCGGAGCCCGCGGGCGGCGCCGGGUGCCAGCUGCCUUACCGCGCCGCGCCCGCGCUCUACCGCCCCGCCGCGCCCUACUCCUACGACGGCCCCAAGUACUGA